CUUCCUCCGUGACUAUCCAAUGACACACUAACUUGAGCUCAACUCGUUACAAUGCGAGAUAACGAGCGAUCAUCCAAUCACUCAUGCCUUCAUCCGAGCUGCCUGCACGGUUUCUGCGCACCUGUUGGUGAUGUACGUCUUAGAUCACGGACCUUCAGCGUUCACUUUCGUCUUUUCGUCACUUCCACGUUCUCGGAGCGUUGUCUUUGUACACGGGUGUGUUUUGCGUCACCGUUUGCCUGUCCUCGUCCGGUGAAAAUAUGAACCAAGCCGACCUUCGGAGGCUUUUUGCGGCAUGCGACGGGAAUAAGUCUGGGAGAGUGGAGUACGAGGACUUCACCGGGGUCUGCCGGGAGCUGAACGUCCCUGCUGAGGAGAUCAGGACUUUAUUUAACAAGUUCGAUCUGGACGGAGACGGGUGCAUCAACUUCAACGAUUUUUCGUCAAGCUUUCAUGAAGUUUCCGAAGCCCUCAAUCUGGCUUUGUUGGGGAACAGUCUGCAGGUUCAGAGGAGCGCUUGGGAUGAGUUUGAAAACACGUUAGACGGGGAUGUGGCCUUUUAUUUGGGAAGACAGUGGGAUGAUUUGAGGGAGUUGUAUGAACAGAUCCACUCCGCAUCAGAUGAGUUAUUACUGCAGCAAUAUGAGGAUCUGAUCAAGGCUCUUGUAGCUGAGAGCAAAGAGCACAGGAUGGACAGUGAGCAACUCGAGACCAGUCUACGAAGGACAGAGGAACUGACCAGCAGUCGGUUAGCAGAGAUGGAGGAGGACUUGCAGCUGCAACUGGCCCGCACAGAAGAAAGGGUCAGGGAAGAGGAGCAAAAGAAAUUGGACGAAUCCAUAGCUAUGCUCCAAAUCAAGCACGAGAAUGAACUGGCAGACCUGCAGACAACAAUAGAAAGGCUCACAAAGCAAUAUCAAGAGGAUUUGAAAUUAAACAGCCCCAAGGAAGAUGCCAACAAAUUGAGAGCGCAGGUUCGAGAUCUGAUGCAGGAGAAUGAGGAGCUGAGGAGUUCUCUAAUGAAAGCCCAGAUAAACGUCUCUGUUCUCCAAGUUGAGUUGGACAGGUUGAAGAAUGCCUUCACUGACCAGAAACUCCAGCAUGAGAGAGAAAGCGAUGACCUUAAGAAGAUGGUGAUGGAGUACCAGUCUUAUUCCAGCCAAAUAGAAUUUCUCCAGGAAAUGAACAAAACAUUGUAUGACAGCAAUGAUGGGUUACGCUCUGCUCUGAGCCAGGAUAAUGGCUCCUCUAAAAGACGGCUCUCACCAAAAAGUGAAGUUCCUCCUAGAAAGAUGAAACCACUUCGACAGAGCACUAUGAAUCAGAGCGGUUUCACUAAUGAAGAGGACACGAUAGCCCUGGUGAAGUGCUGGGCUGAUAAGUACUUGGAUAGUGGCGUUUCCGUUCAGACAGACGCUGAGCUGAUGUCAGGCAGUGAUUAUGAGAGUGACGACAGCAAUAACUCAGUGGAGACUGUGCAUCAUAGUUACUCUUGUAUUCCAUCUGAGCUGGAGGUGUCAGAGCUGAAGUCUGAAGCUUUGGGAUCAGUAGCUCCUAGCACAGUUGCUUCAGUAUCUUCCUCACUUCGGCGGCGGUUGUCUGCUUUUCCUGUCAAGCAAACCGAAGAGGACUUGCAUGACACUCAAGAUCUUGCUCCAGUGUAUCGUCUGGUGUUGGCUGGGGAUGCUGGGUCGGGAAAAUCCAGCUUUUUACUACGAUUGAGUCUAAAUGAAUUUAGAGGAGAUAUACAAACCACUCUUGGUGUUGACUUUCAAAUCAAGAAGAUGCUUGUAGAUGGAGAGAAAAUAAACCUUCAGAUAUGGGACACUGCUGGACAGGAACGGUUCCGCAGCAUCGCCAGGUCUUAUUUUCGCAAGGCACAUGGAGUGCUAUUGCUAUACGAUGUCACAUCCGAGAGCAGUUUCCUGAAUGUUCGUGAAUGGGUGGAACAGAUUCGGGAGUCAACGGAUGAUGACAUCCCGAUGUGUGUAAUAGGAAACAAGGUAGAUUUGAGGGCAGAAAGGCCAAAGGGAAGCUGUGUGAGUGCGUUCCACGGUGAAAAGCUUGCUAUGGCUUAUAGUGCCCUGUUCUGCGAAACAAGCGCUAAAGAUGGGACGAAUGUCAUCGAGGCAGUUUUACAUUUAGCAAGAGAAGUCAAGAAACAUGCAAAACUGGGUCGGAGAUCAGAGUCGAAGGUUAAGCUGAGUCUCCAUAAACGGAAGAAGGCGCUGAGCAACUGCUGUGGAGUCUAAGUCUUUUUAUGCCUUUUUAAAAUAACUACAACCCUAUCCUCUGUUAGAAAAAUGUUAAUAAAUUAGUUUUUUUUCUAAUGCAGUUAGCACUUUUAAGCAGUUUUUAGACAUUUGGAUGCUUCCUUGGUGUUUGUAGGCACACUGAUCAAAUGUAUACUUGUACAUAUGCCAAUGAUCAAAUUCACUUCAGGGUUCAGUGUUUAUUUAAAUGUACUUUUUUAUGUUGGAAUUUAAUUACUGUUGUGUUGAAUGAUGUUUACAUGAAUGUUUCUAACAACAUAAAUAAAAGUUUUAGAUCUGA